UGUUGUUUACAAUUCUCGCAAGUUGUGUUUAAACGUCUUUCCAGAACUGGUCGUUGAGGCGUUGACAAGACUCGGACUACAUAAGGUAACUGAUGGAAUGUCCAGUACAGAGUAUCUAGCAAUUGAAAGACCAUCUAGGAUAUGAUUUUUCGAUGAAAUAAAACUUCUGAAUGCUACCAAAAUGAAGCGAGCAUAUGUCCUAUGGAUUCUUGCCCUAUCAACUUUAACGAUACUUGAAUGGAAUGGCUCCAGUGCUGGUAUUCUCGGCCACCAUAAACGAGGGAACGAUGAAGCUGUAGAAACAUUAUUAGCGGUUGGUAUUAUUGCUAAGGCUCUUGCAGACAACGAAACACCACCACCAGAGAAUCACUGCCCCCCGCCCAUCCAUAUGACGAAAGUUGUUCAUGUGCCUGUUCAUACCGAACGAAUAGUUGUCGUUAAGUCAGACAAUAAGGAUCAAAUGCACAGUUGGACUGAUAACUCAGAACGGUGGAAACACAAUCCUGAUGUAACCUGGAAAUGACUGGAAAAUGGUUCCAUCGCACCAUUCCAUAUACGGAAAAUGGUUCCAUAUACGCACAUUUUUUAAAACGUUCCUCCUCCGUGUUCUAGCUGGACUAUUAAACACUGAACUGGAAAUGAUCACAAAGAAAUAGGGAAAUGUGUAUGAAAGAAUCACGUUGCCAAAGUAAAAUAAUAACUUAAUUUUUCAAUAAAUGUAUACAAAGAAUAAACUGUUUUUAAAAUAUUGCACUAAUAUGUAAAUAAAAGUUUUCUAAAUUGUUAUUAAAUUUUAAGCAAAUAAGACGUCGAAUGGGAAAUGUAGAUAUAAUUUUAAUGUUUAGUUACUACCUACGUGCUAGAUCUUAUAUUAAUUUACAUUUAUGUACGUUUUUCUACUGAAUAUUGUGUUCAAUAAAGUUUAACCUUAUG